CAAGAUGGCGGUCGGUGAAGUCGCAGCCUCAGACGUGGUCUCGGUGUGGAGGAUAUUCUGAUGGCAAGCUUCAGUAGGAUGAAGCCAACAGGCCACUCUGAGUUGUCUCCCCUCAGUUUAUGACCAUGCAGAAGAAGAGGGAAGAAACUCUGUAUGAAGAGGAGGCUGCAAUGGAAGACGUUGCAGAAAGUAGUCAUGUGCUUCCUGAAAAUUGCCACAGUGAAUCAAAUGAAAAUCCAGAGGUUGGGAAAAUCAAGGUGUGCUUUUUCAGUGAUGGUGAGGGUGAGGAUGGAUGGAGGAUAACCAACCAUGCUGGUCGAAGAAAAGGUGGGAAGCAGGCCACAGAAUCAGAAUUUGUGGAGGAAGAGGGUUCAAAUCCAUCUGAGGAGGAAGACAGGUCAAAUCCAUCUGUGGAGGAAGAGGGUUCAAAUCCAUCUGAGGAGGAAGACAGGUCAAAUCCAUCUGUGGAGGAAGAGGGUUCAAAUCCAUCUGUGGAGGAAGAGGGUUCGAAUCCAUCCAUGGGAGAUGCAUCACAACCUUGGCAGGAGGAGGAUGCAUCAAAUCAAUCAGCAAAUAGAAAUUCCUUAUCUGAAAUCAUAGAUGACUCUGCUGAUGAAGGCGAUGCCAACUCUGAGGAUGGCAAUAGCACCAACAGUCCUAAUGAAGAUGGAGAUGAAGAGAGUGGCGAAGACAUGGCCAGCGAAGGCAAGGAAGAGGAUGAUGAGGACAAUCUCCCAGUACAUUUUGGCAACACUGCUAACAGUAUAGAGGUAUGUAGUGACUCGGUGAGCAAUGAUACAGACUACAGUCAGAAAACCACCACAGAUAGCCAGUCCGGAAAGACUGAAGACGAAAGCGCCUUGACCCUCGUUGAUGAGAUAGCCAGCAGAAAGAGGUCAUCUGUUCAUAAGAAGCUGGAGAACGUUUUCAUGCGCCUGAAAAGUAAGCAGAUUGCUGCAGCUAUUGCUGAGUAUGAGGGCACAGGUGGAGCCAAUGAGAACUCUUUAGAGGCGCCAUCUAGUGAUGACGAGAGUAGAGUAUCUCCCAUUGAUCUGCAGGAGAUCACCGAGAACGGCUGUAGUGAAAUGCUGGACAGCAGUAUCAAUAUCGAGAGCCUCACCAAGUACCACCAGUUCAACGGGGCUGGUUAUGGUGAAGAUGAGCAGUAUAUGGAUGACGCAGAGGACCAGAAGGACAUGGCAUCAUGGGAGGAUGAUAGCAAAAUGGCGGGUUAUAAUACAGAUGAGGAGGAAGGAUUGGAUGAGACUGAAAACAGGAGACACAGCAAUGGUUAUCGGCUGCAGAUCAAGACCGAACCAGGACUUGAGAGCACACCAAACAGUAGUCCAGGGAAGAGAAGGAAGAAAUCCCUACUGAAUGGCAGAUACAAAAAAAUUAAGACCGAGCCAAUGGACUACGACUGGACUCCUACCAUGGUGAACGGCAACCAUGUGCAGAUAAAAUCUGAGCCCCUAGAUGAUGAGGAGUGGAACUUUUCUUUGUCUGGAUUAAAAUCAGUCAAGCGGGAGCCGAUGGACGAUGUGUGGGAGCCAAAGAAUGAGAGUCUGGUGAAGUGCAAUCUGUGUGACAUGGUGUUUUCGUACAAUAGCGCCUUGGUCAGGCACAUGCGUGUUCACACUGGAGAAAGGCCAUUCAAAUGUUCAGAGUGUGACAAGCAGUUUACUGAAUCUAGUGGUUUAAGGCGUCAUCUGAGAACACACACUGGUGAAAAGCCUCAUGGAUGCAAAAUGUGUGGAAAGGCCUUUUCGGAGUCUGGUGGUCUGACACGUCACAUGCGGACCCACACGGGUGAGAAACCCUACAUGUGCGAGCACUGUGACAAGUGCUUCACUGAAGUAGGGGCCCUGAGGCGCCAUGAGUUCACCCACCAGAACAAUCUGGAGAAACUGUUCAAAGUAUUCUGUGAUCUGUGCGGUAAGGGCUUUAAUGACACCUCAUCACUAACCAGACAUAAUCGCUGUCACACGGGCGAGAAGCCCUACAGUUGUUCAACAUGCGGGAAAAGUUUCUCAGAGAAAGGAUCCCUUGCUCGUCACAUCCGUAUCCACACUGGCGAAAAGCCAUUCACUUGUCAGGUGUGCCACAAGCAGUUCAUCGAGUCGGGCUCCCUCCGUCGCCAUAUGCUCGUUCACACCGACAGGAGCAAUAUUCGGUGUGAGCUGUGUGGCAAGGGAUUCAACAAGAUGCCUGCACUCAUCAAACACUACACCAUACAUACAGGGGAGAGGCCUUACAAGUGCAGUUUUUGUAGAAAGUCAUUCUUUGAGCAUAGAGACUUGAUACGCCACACACGUUCACACACUCAGGAACGUCCAUUUGUAUGCAAUGUGUGUGGUAAAGCGUUCUCUGAGAACUGUUCACUGGCUCGGCACAAACGUAUACACUCAGGAGAGAAGCCUUACAAGUGCAAGGAGUGUGGGAAGAGGUUUGUGGAGUCUUGUGCACUGACCAGACACUCUCGUAUCCACAGUGGCCAAAAGGAUUAUGCCUGCUUCAUAUGUGGGAAGAGGUUUAUAGACAGUAGUGCCCUCAAACGUCACAUGACCACCCACACUGGCGAAAAGUCAUACAAAUGUGAUGAAUGCGGGAAAUGUUUUUCGGACACAACAGGUUUGACCCGCCACAAGCGUAUUCACACUGGUGAGCGUCCCUACAAGUGCAACACUUGUGACAAGGAGUUCCCGGACAGUCCGGGGCUGAUCCGCCACAUCAGGACCCACACUGGAGAGAGACCCUAUAAAUGCAAGUCCUGCAACAAAGCAUUCACUGAUUCCAGUUCCCUGAGCCGACAUGAGCGGACCCACGAAGACCGCACGUACAACUGCGGGGUGUGUCAGGAGGAGUUUAAUUCCUACGAGGAACUCGUCCAGCAUGCAGAGGUCCAUUUUGAGAAACUAGCUUGUGGUAUUUGUGGAAAGUUGUUCACGGUCUUGUCAGCUCUGAAGGAGCAUCUCAAGCUGCAUUCUGGGGACAAAGUGUUCAAGUGUACAACAUGUGACAAGGAAUUCUCACUAAUGAGCUCACUUGAGCGGCACAUGCGUGUUCAUACGGGUGAAAAGCCUUUUGGGUGUGAAAUUUGUGGUAAGUCGUUUGCUGAAUCCGGGGCCUUGGUUAGGCAUAGGCGGAUACACACUGGAGAAAAACCUCAUAAGUGUGACAUUUGCCUAAAGGGUUUUGUGGAUUCCAGUGCUCUUUCUCGUCAUCGAAGGAUACACUUGAAUAUACGGGAAGAGAAAUGUGACAUCUGUGGAAAAGCUUUUGUGGACACAGGAGCGAUGAGGCGUCACAGGAAAAUCCACACAGGCGACAAACGCCACGAAUGCCUGACUUGUGGGAAACGGUUCUUGGAGGCCAGCACGCUGCGCCGACAUGAACUGACUCACACGGGGGUCAAGCCCUACCACUGCGACAUCUGCAACAAACAAUUCACAGAGAAUUCCACACUCAUCAGACACAUCCGCACACACACUGGGGAGAAACCCUUCUCAUGUGAUAUCUGCAACAAGACUUUCUCCGAGUCGGGAACCUUAACAAAGCACAAGAAAAUCCACGGAGGGGGUGAUAAGCAGUUUGAGUGUGGUCUUUGUGGGGAGGAAUUUGGUGGCUCAGAACACCUCAUGGAGCACAUGAGUACACAUAAUAUGACAGUUGAAGGUGAAUAUUUGUGAUACACUGGAGGUAGCAUUGUUUUGUACAUGAUGAACUGAUAUUAAUUUGGAAGUAUUUACUUUGUAUCCGCACAAGGGUGAGCCUUCGCAUAUCGGCAUGAUUUUGUUUUUAAACUAUUAUUUGUCGUUUUAGAACUUUUAUUUGUUUUUUGAUUACUUUGUGAACAAAUACAAGCAUAAAUGUGUACUUUAGUGUGUUUUCAUGGUAUGAGUAUGAGAGAUAUGACAGUUUUCAUUUAGAGGUUGUGCCAGUUUCUUUCAUUACUUGGCUCAUAGAUGUGUGCAGGGGGAUUUGUUCUACAGUAAGGGCUGGUGGAAGAGAAAACAAUAUGAUUCGGUGACUAUGAGACAGACUACCAUAGCUGCUGUUUAAUUUUGUUAACAAGACAAUCACGGACAGUAUCCGUUCAGACAAAGAUUUGUAAAAUUAUUCCAAUAUUUCUUCCAAGCUUCACACAAAUGAACCCAACAGGGUAAAAUCUGGUCCUUGGGUUAGAAGGAGCUGUGGUCACCAGAAACAUAAGAAAAAAGAACUGAAACCUUCUUGUGAUUUUCUUAAGAAAAUUGACUUGGUGCAACUGUGAUCCAAGUAAUAAACUAAGGUUGUUCCUGGUAGUUAUGUAAGAGAUGUUACCUCAAAGUACUAGGUCACUACAAGACUGUUGGUUGAUAUUGUACUGUUGGCAAUACAUUUUGGACCUCUUGUGUUUUAUUAAGGAGGAAACAGCUACUGGAACUUCAUUCAGAGUUUGGUCAGUCAGUACACCAUUGUACGUACAAUUCAGUGAAUUGUUACACCCCUAAUCGACCCAUGAAGAUCCGGGUAGAGAAUAGGUCUUAAGAGGUGACUAUGCUUGUCAUGAGAGGCGACUAACGGGAUCAGGUGGUCAGGCUUGCUGACUUCAUAUCAUCGUAUCCCAAUUGCGUAGAUCGAUGCUCAUGAUCACUGGAUUGUCAUGUCCAGACUCGAUUAUUUACAGGUCACUGUCAUAUAGCUGGAAUAUUGCUGAGUGCAGCGUUAAACAACGAACAAAAGUUCGUUAUCAUAUUUUCUUAAAUGGAAUUGUGAAAUUUGUAAUUUAGAUUAGGAAUUUUUACUAUCUUUUACAACAGACUUGGGGCCGAAUAUCAGCCUCUGAGCAGGUCUAGCUAAAUCUCUGAGUGUAGAUGUGUAGAUAUUUGCUUUAGUUUCAGAGGUAACAAAUUUUGCUUGAAAAUUAAUACAGAAAAUCAUUGUCCUUCAUACUGCUGAUGUUAUUGCCAGCUGUAUCUUUGAUCUGUACAGACAUGUGUGUCCUGUAGGACCUAGUACUUAGAGGUGUAGAAUACUGUUGUGUGUUUGUCCACCCUUGGUUAUGCAGAGCUUUAUGUCACCUAUCAAUUAUGAUCAAUACCCUGGACCACUUUGCCGUCAAAGCUUCGAAAGUGAAAUUAGCAUCGCCUUAUGAUCACAACUGUCUUUUCACUAGAAUUAACAAAUGAUUUCUCUCACUCGUGGGUCUGAUUUGAAAGGAGGCUUAUGUUUAGCAUCGUCUCAUUUGGAACAGAUUCAAAUGGAGCUUUGGGUUAGGAAUGGUCCAUGGUAUUAAUUUUAAACAAUGGAGAGAAAAGUCCCAGGACCGGUGGGUCUGAUUUGAUUGGAGGCUUAUGUUUAGCAUCGUCUCAUUUGGAACCGAUUUAAAAUGGAGCUUUGGGUUGGGAAUGGUCCAUGGUAUUUAUUUUAAACAAUGGAGAUAAAAUUCCCAGGAUCGGUGAGGAUGGGAUUCAGCUGGAGAAAACAUGUCAGGGUAUUAAUGCCAUGGUGAUCAGUAUAAUCAGAUAAAUAUCAUAAUAUGUGGCCACAAUAAAAUAAUUAUUACAUUUCAACCUAAAAAUUUAAAUGUCAUAUUUUUUUGUUAUAUGUUCAAACAAAUGUUCAAACAAAUGUUCAAACAAAUGUUCAAACAAAUGUUCAAGCAUGUACGUUAACUGUGACAUAUGAAUAUUUCGUCUUUGUAUAUAGUGUGUUUCAUCUGGUGAAGAAACAAGGGAGCAAGCAUUGUGAUUUUCUUAAUCUGUAAAUAUUUAGGGACAAUAAUAUGAUGUGAAACAGGCACUGAUGAAAGGGGCGGUGGAGUAGCCUAGUGGUUAAGCGUUCAUUAAUCACACCAAAUACCUGGGUUCUAUUCCCCAUAUGGGUACAAUGUGUGAAGCCCUUCUCUGGUGUCCCCCACCGUGAUAUUGCUGAGGGCAGCGUAAAAACAUACUCACUCACACACUCAGCGAUGAAAUCCAAAAAUGAAUUUAUUAUAACCUGAUUUGUGGCUGAGCAGGAUAAUGCAAUAUACAAAUACCAGUCUUCUUUGUAAGGGCAUAGGGUUGGCCUAGUGGAUCUUCACUUUACACACCUAAGUCCUGUGUUCGUUUCACCAUGUGUGAUGAUAUUCCUGGUGUUCCCUGCCAUAUUAUUGCUGAGAUAUUGUGUGUUGUAAAGACCUCACUCCUUUCCAAACGGGUGUAAUCUUGGCUCAGUGAUCGAUUUCAUUCUUGUUAAUAACACUACUGGUCACAGUUGUAAUCUUUGACGUUAAUAUAAGGGUAACGCUAUUUUUCAGGGCAUUAUCAUUUGCAGAAGCCCGAGGUCUUCCAUUAACUGCCAGACGAAGGAGGGCAGUUGAAAAGACCGAGGGCUUCUGCAAAUGAUAAUGCCCUGAAAAAUAGUGUUACUGUUAUUAUAGCUAAAAUGGAUGGAAUUCGUUAUCAAAUAAAAGGAAUAAACAAUAUAGGUUUUGAAACAUUUACUGCAAUCAACACGAAUGUCACUGACCCACUUUUACAAACAUGGAAACGUCAUAGAACAAACCAGAUGACGUCACUAUUGAACGUGAGGCACAUAUCC